AUGAACAUCACUGGAAGCGAUGCGCCACCCUGCGUCCAGAACGAGCAACGGGCUCUGUUACUGUUCAAAUGUGCUUCAUACGUUUUGGGAUCUAUUAGCAUCUCUACUCAAAUCGCUGGAAUUGUUGCAGUCCAGCGUUCUCAAGAAAAAAUCCUUCAGAUGAAAGAGAAAAUUUCUACAAUGGCUUACAUGGCUGCGUAAGUGUUCGAGUUCUCGGGAAACAUUUUGAGAAACUUGAUCAACCGUUUACAGAGAAGCCUUGAUGAACUUCAUAUUUGCCAUCGUUCUGACACCGUUUGUCUACGCUCCUGGUUUUGGAUUCGCUUUUCUGGGGCUUGCCAGCUGGAUGGGAAUGCCCUCUCAAGUUCAAGCGUUCGUGGGCGCAGCCCUACCAGGUUAGAGAUAAUAGUUACUUGGAAUCAUUCCUUUACAGCUCUGAUGUUGGUCAAACCGAUAGUUUUCGAGAAACGACUGAUUGAGUUAUAUGACCGGAAAAAAAAUUGGGUGGUUUUUCUAAUUGUCUGGUCCAUUAUCAGAAUUUUGUUUGCCGCUGCUUUUCUUCAGCCUCUCGCAUUAAUUCCUCCACCUCUCGAAUCAGCUAAGCUUCAUGUGAUUGAGGUGAAGCAUAGUCAAUGAUGACCUCAAACUCGAAGUUCUCAAAUUCAGGGGCUCGGGUGCUCACCGCCACUCAUUCAUACCAAGGACGUGAUUCUGUUCAACAUGUACGACUCCUAUCUAGCCAUCCUUCUUACAGCAGCGUUCUUCGCCUGCGAGUUCGUCUUCAUAAUGGGUUGCUUAUGCGUCAAGUAUCGGUACAAAUUUUGCGGUCAUCCACCUAUUUUGUCGAUAGACACUAAAAACAAUCGCAAAAAACUUUGGAAACAGAUAUACGUUCAAGUGAGUUUUCUGGGAUCUUUCAGUAACUGAGCUCAGUUGUUCCAGAUGACCGUUUCAUUCGCAACACACGUUUUGCCAAUUGUUGCAAUGGCCAUGAGUUCGUAUGUGUACAGUUGGUUGACCUUCUGUGAGUUCUUUCUACUUUCAGAGUUUUCAUUCUCGAAAUUUCAGAUUUCGUAGGAGUGGCUACGCUUUUGCUGAUGUGCUACGGAGCUUUCUCCACAGCGUCGGUCAUUCUGCCAAGAUAUCGCUAUCGUUCAAUUUUUUUCUUCUGCUGCAGCAAAAGUUUGUAGACGCAUGUUCAAAGACAAAACCUUUUUUACAGAGCAAAAUGUGAACGCAGUUUCCCCGAUUCUGAACUCGAGGAAAGACGCGCGCAGCAGUCUCUAUUGA